UCUAUUUUUUUCCAGCAAUAUUUCAUUCACGUAUAGCCUCUCCCCACCUGCAGCUAGGAAUGAUGGCGGAAUCACCUUUCCAAGAUGAAAGUGCCCUAAAGAAAGGGCCUUGGACGCCAGAAGAAGAUCAAAAGCUCAUUGAUUACAUUCAGAAACAUGGCCAUGGGAGUUGGAGAGCGCUUCCAAUGCUUGCUGGGUUGAACAGGUGUGGAAAGAGUUGUAGGCUAAGGUGGACUAAUUAUCUGAGGCCUGAUAUCAAAAGAGGAAAUUUUUCUGAGGAGGAACAGCGAAUUAUCAUAGACUUCCAUCAAGUCCUUGGAAAUAAGUGGUCAGCAAUAGCACAGCAUCUUCCAGGGAGAACCGAUAACGAAAUCAAGAACUUUUGGAAUACUCAUCUAAAGAAAAAGCUUCUCCAAAUGGGGAUUGAUCCUGUCACCCACAGGCCAAGAACUGACCUUAACAUAAUUGCAAACCUACCACAGUUGCUUGCUGCUGCUGCAAAUUUCAGCAAUCUGAUGAAUAUUCCCUGGGAUAACGCAAUCAAAGCACAGGUAGAUGCCACCAAACUCCAGUUGCUGCAUAACAUACUGCAAGUCCUAGGCAAUAGUCCACCUCCAAACAUGGAAGCGCUUAAUAACCUCUUUGCAUCACGGGACCAUCAGCUAUAUGAAUACCUCAGAAUGAACUCUCAGUUAGAGGGACUACUAAAAUGCGGCGAGGAUGGUCUUUCUUCGCAAGGUAUCAACGCUCAGGCUCAGUCCAACUUUCCAAAUAUAGAUGCUCCUCAGCAACCAUUCAGUGAUCACAAUCCAAUAAAGGACUCAAAAUCACGUACCCACAAUAGCGACCAAUUAGUCUCUUCAUAUGCUUUUCCAACUUCAAACACACUGCCCCAGUUGGUUUCAGCCUCACCUGAAUGUUCAUCAGCAAACACCAUCAGCCCAAAUGAUAUUAUUUCUAACCCUUCUAAUGCCACUUCAACCACAUUUGAAGCGUGGAGGAAUCUUAUGGAUGAUGGGGCAAAUGACAAUUAUUGGAUAGAUAUAAUUGACCAAGCAUCUUCGCAGCCAUGGCCAAACUAAAAAGAAAAAGCUCAAAGGAAUUAAGAAGACGAAUUUGACUGUAAAUUAUGAGUUUCUUCCACUGUAGAUUCUCACAACUCGUCAACAGAUACACAUACAUAUGUUACCAAUGUGUGAAGAAAGAACAGCCCGAUAUAAGUGAUCAUUGUAUACUCUCUUUUUUUUUUUCCUUGCAUAAUAUUGGUCAUACUAUUUUGGAUUUCAAUAUUGUAUCUUAUUGAGUUGUUUUCAACUUCUUCAGUUAUGGAUUCGUGAUCUUGAAAAGAAA